CCAGUCAUCAAUCAAUUAAUUACCUUUCGUCGACAUCGAGAAACACAGACUCGAUACCCCGAGAAUAAGAAGGGGAUCAUCUGCAGUUUGCUAAGAAUUCGGUUUUCCAGUGGGAGAGACUGCGAUGGGGAAUCCCAAAGAAGAGCCCCAGCACCAACUCAAACCCCGCGAACCCGUCCCGUUCGCCGGGAAUGGCGGGCAGAGGAGGAUGCGAACCAUGACAGUCACGGUAGCCACCCUGGCGGUGGCUGUCUUUUACUUUGUCUGGACGUCGCUCUCGACUUGGCCCAACGUCUUUCAUCCGAAGUGGUUCCCGAACGGCGCGAAGCCGGCGUGGGAUGACAAUUUCGUAGACUGGGACGCCAUCUUGCCCAGCGAGGACCUCAGCUGGGAGCCAUGCUUCCGGGCGUUGGACGAGUUCUACUGCGCCCGCCUGACCGUACCGCUAGACUACGGCCGCCCGCUCGACCAGUCACCCGACAACCCAAAGGUCCACCUCGCCCUAGUGAUACUCCCCGGCAGCGGCCACUCCCCCGCCACAGGCACCUGGUCCGAGUCCCCCCUCCUCCUCAAUCCAGGCGGGCCCGGCGGUUCCGGGGCAGCCAUCGUCCUCACCGCGGGCCGACUCCUGCAGACCGUCGUCGGCGCGCACCACGACAUCAUCGGCUUCGACCCGCGCGGCAUCGGCGCCUCGACGCCGGUCGCAGACUGCUUCGUGUCGCCGCUUGCGGCGGAACCCCCCAACGCGUCGGACCUCAACACGGCCCUGCUCCACCGCUUGACCUGGCUGAUGGGCGACGUGGAGACGGGCCUGCCCAACACGAGCGACGCCGCCACCAUAAAGACGGUGGCGCGUCGGCGGGCGGCGAACUUGCUGUGCCGGGCCACGGACAGGCAGGACGGCAUCUUCGGGUAUGCGGGCACGCCGCACGUUGCGCAUGACAUGCUGAAUAUCGUGAGGGCCUGGGAUCGGUGGACGGACGGGGCGAGGCGGAAAGCGGGGGGGCGUUGCCCGCACGCACGCGAGAGAGCGGUUUCGUCGACGGGUCUUGAUGAGGCGGAAGAGGCGGCCUUGCCGCCGAGCACGCGGGGGAAACUGGUGUAUUGGGGAUUCAGCUAUGGUACUGUUCUGGGGGCGACGUUUGCCAGCAUGUUCCCCGAAUCUGUUGGACGGAUGGUCUUGGAUGGGGUUGUGAACACUGACGAGUGGUUCUUUGACAAUAGCUGGAUCAACGCUGCCGAGGACAGCGACAAGGUUCUGGAUAGAUUCUUCUACUACUGUCACGCGGCCAAGGAGCGCUGCCACAUCUGGAGGAAGGGUGACGAUGUCGACGAUCUAAAGCGGAGAUACGAGUCCAUCAUGGCUGAACUGCAGGAGACUCCGCGGCCCGUCAUCAACUCCCGCAGCCACAUCCCGAACCUCGUCACCUACAGCGACAUAAAACGUCUGACCUUUGCGAUUCUGUAUUCACCAACGGCCUUCCGAGUCCUAUCGCUGGUGUUGGACGUGAUCGAACGGGGCAACGGGUUGGGGGAGCUGAUGAACUCGGUAGACCUGGCUCCGAUGUGCACCCUCAACUCCAAGCUCUUGUUCUAUCCGUCAGAUGGAGGUCUAGCCGUCAUGUGCAGCGACCAGCAGAUGAAGGUCAACGACACAAAGGCAGGACUCGGCGAUCUCUGGGAGCGGAUGGCAAACGUCUCAUCGUUUGCGGACAUGAUCUUUGACAUCUCAACCCGCUGCGUAGGCUGGGACAUCGGCCGGAAAGACCCGCCGUCCUUCGACUGGGGCAAACUCGGCAACGCGACGACGAGCGGCCCGCUCAACACAUCCUUCCCGCUGCUGUUCGUGUCCAACACGCGCGACCCCAUCACCCCGAAGCGGUCGGGGCUGCACCAGGCGCGCAAGUUCGCGGGCGCGGGCUUCGUCGAGCAGGUGUCCGAGGGCCACUGCUCCAUCGCCGCCGCGUCGCUGUGCACGAUGCGCAACAUCGCCGGCUACCUCAACCACGGGAUCGUGCCGAGCCCGCCCAGGUUUGACGACGACGACGCCGAGGGCGGGGUCGGGGCGCCGAUGACGGGCAAGUGGACGGUGUGCGAGGCCGACGACUAUCCGUGGAAGCAGUCCGGCACGGCGGCGGCCUCGGGGACGGACGAGUCGGAUGGCUUUUCGGAGCAGGAUGUUGUGCGGAUACAGGCUAUGAGGGAGUUGCAGGUCCAGUUCCGAGGGAGGGAGAGCUUUGUCCAGCCGCCGCGCAUGUUUGAGCAUCUGUUUAGGAUGGAUGACCGACAGCUUGAUGAGCUGGCGGUGAGGAUCUACAGCCGUCGUUCAUCCGAAUGGUCUGAUGGGGUUGGUGGCGGCUUGUAGGGCAAGUAAAGCGCGAGCUUUUAUUUCGAACCACCUCGGUUAAGAAUCUUUGCCAUGCACUGAUGGGAGAGGUAAGAUGGGCAGGCUUCAGGUUCGCAUACGGAAGUACUUCGGCGCUCAGCCCGUCAGAAUGGUAUUUUCCACUUCCAUCAUUGGGACUGAGAAGAGGCACCAGUUACUUCCCAGCCACACCACGGUCAUGCGCGCGUGUUCGUGUGUUUGUUACAGCGGCAUGCAGACAGUGUCUGUUUGGCUAUUUUUUUCUAGAAUAGCAGCGCAAAACUAGAUAAUUACUUGCUAAGAGC